GCACUGACACGGAAUUGUAACCUCCCCAUCCCCAUCAGUCCGUCCCUGCCGGUAUCCGUGUCGAGCGGAGGAUUGCUGCCGUUGCUGUUUUAGCUGUGGGUUCAGGAGUUUAUUAGUUUCAGUUGGGUAACUUCUAGGAAUCUUAUUUCAAUGCGAGGCCUGAAGGAGUUAAUGGUUCUUUCAUCGAACAACUUUUUAAAAUUGCAGACUAGAGGUUGGUCACAGUUUGAGGAGCCGUUUGUCCAUAACCUGAUAACGUUCACACAGUGACCGACCGAGGGCAGAAGCUGAGGGUCAGUUUUAUUCAGUUCCGUUACGGGUUGAAAGAAAUUAGAAAAUUAGAGUUCCCAGACAUUUCAAUAUCAAUCACACUUGCAUUAAAUGCGCUCGGAUUGAGUAACGGGGAAAUGCGAACACUCAGUCGUCAAACAGAUCUGCAAUUAUUUGAUUUCUGAUUAAAUGUGAACAAUAGAUUUAUUUUUUGGCGGGAUUUUUCGAAAUUACAGUGCACUUUGGGGAGGAGACGAUUUCACUCCGCGCUUCUGCUUUUACGGACUGCUGAUUGGUGAUUAAGACAGUUCUUCGAUUGGGCCGUUUCUCUUCACCAAUGAAAAUAAGCAGGAUCACAGCAAUCACAAACAUAGGUUUGAAUUCUCAAAGAAGAUAUAAAAUGGGCGAGUUGGGGCGGGGUGAACAUUCCUUCAUUCUGGGUUGAACAGUUUCUGUGACUGGAAAUGUCUGGACGUGGAAAAGGCGGCGCUGGCAAAGCUCGGUCCAAGGCCAAAUCUCGCUCGUCUCGGGCUGGACUGCAGUUCCCGGUCGGCCGGGUUCACAGACUCCUAAGAAAGGGCAACUAUGCUGAGCGGGUGGGUGCCGGAGCCCCGGUCUAUCUGGCUGCUGUGCUCGAGUAUCUGACGGCCGAAAUCCUCGAAUUGGCCGGCAACGCGGCCCGGGACAAUAAGAAGACCCGCAUCAUCCCCCGACACCUGCAGCUGGCCGUCCGCAACGACGAGGAGCUGAACAAGCUGCUGGGAGGGGUGACUAUCGCUCAGGGCGGUGUGUUACCCAACAUCCAGGCCGUCCUGUUGCCCAAGAAAACCGGCACAGCCAGUAAGUAAACUGACAGAUCCUGAACCCAGUGACCCAAAGGCUCUUUUCAGAGCCACUCACAAUGUCCGUGGAAGGGCUGCUAUCCGUUGAGAGCGCGGAGGAAAGGUCUCAGUUUCACUCCUUUACUGUAGGUUACAAUGAAAUUCCUUACUGGUGUACAGCAGUCAGUAGUCGGAGCGCUGUCUGACAUGGAGCUGAGUCCUGCACUGACUGUUGUACUCUCCCGUCAGGUAUCAAGUAUAUUAACUAGGCCUGUGAUUAGCUUCUAUCCGCCCGCCAUUCCAGAGCAGUUACGCCGGAUUGGGGGGAAUGAGUGAACGAUGAGCUUUACAGGCGAUAGGAAGUCAUUACCUCUACUUUCCAUUAAUUACACACCAAUUUCGAACUAAUUGAGAUGUUUUUUUUUUGAGGAACGAGAGGGUGAAAUUAAAUGUCCUAUGUUACUUUCCAAAACAAGCCGAAUCGUGAUGACAAGAUCCAAGGUAAACCUGACUUUGCGGGAGAACUGCAGUGUGAGGGUAGGGGUCAGAUUUACCCUGACCCUACAUAAUGAAAACAAGUGUAGUUCAUCAACAUCUGAGACAUUCUCCUCACUCCGAGAAUUACGAUAACUUUGAGCAUCGGCAAAAACAUUAAUUAAAUAAAUAUUAAA